UAAAAAUGCGAAUUUCAUGUUGUUAAUUCAGCAAGCAGAAUGUUGCUGAAAGUUGUUGCUUUUUUCAGUCUUACGGUAUUGGCAUCGGCAGGUCGAUCACCUCAUGCCGAUUACGUCGAGGAGUUAGUUAAACAAAAUGCUUUCGGACCUUACAUAUCGGAUAAUGUUGUUGAAGAUGCCUUUCUUGAUCUACCAGAUUUAGUUCGGAAAUACAACUACCCAUUUGAAGAAUACAAUGUGACUACCGAGGAUGGAUACAUUCUGGGUUUGCAUCGUAUUCCCCAUGGUCGUGACAGGAAUAACAAACCUGGAAAGAAAUCAGUCGUGUUCCUUAUGCAUGGCUUGCUUUCAUCUUCAGCUGAAAACGUGCUUAUGGGACCCGGAAGUGGUUUAGCUUAUGUUCUAGCUGAAGAAGGGUUUGACGUGUGGAUGGGCAAUGCCCGUGGUACCCACUUUUCAAGGAGACAUGUUCGAUUAAACCCAGAUUCUCGUUUAAAUACUGAUUUCUGGCAGUUCUCUUGGGACGAAAUAGGAUCUAAGGAUUUGCCAGCUAUGAUCGACUUUGCACUUGCCCAUACCGGACAGGAAAAAUUGCAUUACAUCGGUUUUUCUCAAGGCACUACUUCUUUUUGGGUGAUGGGUUCUAUAAGGCCAGAAUACAACAAGAAAAUAAUUUCAAUGCAUGCUUUGGCCCCUGUUGCUUACAUGGCACACAGCACGAAUAAAUUAUUCGCGGCUCUAGCGCCUUUUUCAUCUCAACUAGCGGGAGCUGCAAAUUUAUUACGGUUUAAUGAGCUUUUCCGCAGAAGUGAAUUGAUAUCCGAAAUAGGACAACUAUUUUGCAGUGACGGCAAACCAUUACAGUUUAUAUGCAGCAACAUGUUGUUCUGGAUUGCAGGAAAAAAUCCCGAUCAGCUAAAUACGACAAUGUUGCCGGUGAUAACGGGGCAUUUGCCAGCGGGUGCAUCUAUAAGGCAGUUGGCGCAUUAUGGUCAAUCUAUUCAUGGAAAAGAGUUUAGACGCUACGACCACGGUGCUAUUAAAAAUCUGAUUCAAUAUCGAUCUGUCAGACCACCACGCUACGACCUAUCGAAAAUAGACGCUCCAGUUUUCUUGCAUUACGCACAAGCUGAUCCUCUGGCUCAUGUAACUGAUGUGGAUAGAUUGUUUGCAGAGCUUCCACGAGUUGUCGGCAGAUUUAGAAUAUCACAACCGACGUUCAGCCACAUCGACUUUGUUUGGGGAAAAGAUGCUAAAACAAUGGUAUUCGACCGACUUAUGGUCCUCAUGAGGGCAAUGGAAGAAUAAGGACAUACUGAUUAUAUGACCGGCUAUUUAUUAUUUAUUUUAUUUAAAAUGAAUUUAUAAUUUUUCGUGUGUGAAAUUUUAAAAUAAUAAAUAAAUAGAAAAAACAGGC